AUGGCAAAGCGCAAGGCAGAUCAAACAGAGGAUCAAUUUGAAACGCCGCAAAAGCUAUCUCGACGUGCUGAGCCUUUGGCAGAGUGUUUGUCGUUGCUGGAUGUGCAGCAGGCAGUGCCAGACUUCGGAGGACUACUCGCCGAUUAUCUCUGGUGUGAUGAGGAUGAAACUGCAGAGGUUGGAUCUGCCAAGGGCACACGCCCCGUCCAGGAAAUGCUGAUGACCGGACGUAGUGCGCAGCUGCAGCUCAUCACGGGCAUGAAAGAAGCGCGGCUCAUCGACAGGCGCAGUGCGCAGAGCCUCCCGGACAAGCUGUGGAGCGCGUGGCUGCCGCUGGGCUGCGCGUGGCUUUCGUGUGGCAGGCGCAGUACACAGAGCCUCCCGGACAAGCUGCGGUGGCCGUCGCUGGGCCAAUUUGAUCGCCAAAAACAAGGUUCACAGAGCCUCCGAGACAAGCUGCGGCGCGCGUGGCCGCCGCUGGGCCGCGCGUGGCUUACGCGUGGCAGGCGCAGUACACAGAGCCUCCGGGACAAGCUGCGCCGCUGGGCCGCGCGUGGCUUUCGUGUGGCAGGUUGGACAUCCGAGAAGUGGACCGCCAUAGGCAGGCGGAGAAGAAGGCCUGAGAUCAAGGUGGUGACACUGGUGCUUCUGAUCAAGCCAAGGCAGCAGAUGAUGCAGCCCCAAGUGAAUCAGCAGCAGCUUUUACAGCAACAGCAGGGACAGGCACAAGAGUUUUUGCCUUUGAAUGCUUUUGAUGUUCAUGUUGUUGCCUUGUUUCCUUCAGCAUUCAUUUGGAGGACAUUGCUCGGAGACUAUGUUGAAAAGGGUGUGAACCAUGGCCGUAAAUACUUUCAGAAGGUGCCAGCCAAGAAUGCGGGACCAGACUACGUGGAAGUCUUUCUCUACUAUUGGGACAACCGAGAUGGUGCAAGCUUUGAAGGUUGGUGGUUUGGCAACAAACUUGGAGGGACACAGGUUUGGUCACAUGUUGCUGACAAGGGCCUGAUCCCACCAUCCGUUGGAUGGAAGAUCCCUUGGGAUGGCCAAGUGCGGUCAACCCUUCAACUUGGGCCAAAGGAGGAGAUGCACCGACAGGAGGCUGAGGAGAAGCUGAAAACCAUCAGCGCAGAUGUGGCCAAAGUGGAUGCCGAGGCCAAGCAGGCACUCCAGCAGGCCACAACUUUGGCUGGCAACAUGGCCAACACCCAGACACUCCUUCAAGCAGAGCAGAUCCUCACACCGCACUCCAGCGCCAUGAUUGAGGUGCAGAAGAAGUUGGCGGAGGGGCAGCGGGGCACCAGCGGAGAAAUGGGAAGGAGCUUUGUCCAGCUGGCAAAUCAGCUAAGGACCCGUCACCGGAAAGCCCGGUCGUGGGGAGAAAAGAAACGAUGCGACACCGGAAAGCCCGGUCGGAUGCACAUCAAAAACCGUUGA